GGUUUACUUCCGAUGUUACGACCUUUAUUUACGGUCUGUCAAGGCAAAAAUAACCCCAGCGAAAACUCUACUCCUUCGGCUUUUUGGUUAAACCUCUACUCGUGCAGUGGUACUUAGUUGAUACCUUUAGAACAUGAAUUCCGCUACAACAGACUUCUGUCGAUAUGUUUGCACCCAGAGCGUUUUUCCGCAACGGAGGCGACAACAAGUGAGUUAGCUAGCUGCUGUCGCCGCUAACGCCGCCGCCGCCGUUGCUGCUCGGUGACAGAUAAACAUUAGACACCGAAGACCACUAAAGCAGAUAAGUAACGCAACCGCAACACGGACAGCGAGUGGUGAAAAAGACACCAGUCUCUGGUACAUAAGCUAAAAUUAGUGAGCUUUUUUUUCUGUUACAAAGCUACGACCAUGGCCUGUAGUUUCUUCAACACGGAAGAGGCAUCCCCUGCAGCACUAACAGACCUAUGUCUGACCUAUGUGAGCCAAAACUUUGAGUGUUUCUGUGCCAAGCGUCCCGAUGGUUCUCUGUGCUUCAGAGAGGCUGUACACUUCCCACAGGAGCUAGCAGACCAGCUGCUGGCCAAGAUAGCGACUGAAGGUCUAUUGAAUGACAGCACAGUGGGUGUAUUUCGUAACUGUGAAUACCUGCGUCUGAGACGAGCCUGCAUCCGAACGGCGCGUAUCUCUGCGGAAGCCUUCCAGAAAGCCAUCUGUCCUCACAGACUGUUGGAGCUGGAUGCUGCUAGAGUCAAUGCAGACCUCACUAUCCAUGAUAUUCUACAGGGACUGGCUACCAAUAAAUACUGCCAGGAGUCCCUUCAGCGUCUCAGCUUAACAGGUCUCACCAUGUUUUCUCUGGAAGAACCAAUCCGGUAUCGCUUCAGCUCCCUCCCGGGCCUCCGCUCACUCUCUCUAGCCAAUGUAGACUUCUAUGACUGUGGGUUAGUGGACGUGUGCUCCCUGCCCCGUCUGGAAAGUCUUGAUAUCUCCAACACCUCGAUCACCAACCUCACCCCUCUGCUGGGCCUGAAGGAGCGUCUGCGCUCACUCACACUACACCAGCUGAAGAGACUGGAAAUGAGCACGGCUCAGCUGCUGGGAGUCAUACGCCAGUUGGAUGUACUGCAGCACCUGGACAUCAGCGAUGAUAAGCAGUUUACCUCGGAUGUGGCUCGUCAGCUGCUUGGACAGCCGGGAAUCCUGCCCGCUCUUGUUUCUCUAGACGUGUCAGGGAGGAAACAUGUGACCGAUGCAGCUGUGAAAGCAUUUGUUGAGGAGAGACCAGGUAUGACCUUUAUGGGACUUCUGGCUACAGACGCUGGUUUUUCUGACUUACUCUCUGGAGAAGGAAAUCUGAAGGUAACCGGUGAAGCCAACGAGACCCAGAUCUGUGAGGCUCUGCGACGCUACAGUGAGAGGGAGGUUUUUGUGAGAGAAGCUCUGUUUCAUUUAUUCAGCCUGACACAUGUCAUGGAGAAACCACGCCCUGACAUUCUUAAGUUGGUUGUUUUGGGGAUGAAGAAUCAUCCUGCAACUCUGAAUGUCCAACUGGCAGCGAGUGCCUGUGUGUUCAACCUGACAAAACAGGACCUAGCAGCAGGAAUGCCAGUCCGACUCUUGAGUACCGUCACUCAGCUCUUACUGGAGGCCAUGAGGACAUUCCCGAACCACCAACAGCUGCAGAAGAACUGCCUGCUGUCCCUGUGCAGUGAUCGCAUUUUGCAGGAGGUUCCAUUUAACAGGUUUGAAGCUGCCAAACUAGUGAUGCAGUGGCUCUGCAACCAUGAAGACCAGAACAUGCAGAGGAUGGCUGUGGCCAUUAUUUCCAUACUGGCUGCUAAGUUGUCCACUGAACAAACCGCUCAACUGGGAGCAGAAUUGUUCAUCGUAAAGCAAUUGCUCCACAUAGUGUGUCAGAAGGCUACUCAGGGUGUGGUGGAUGCUACCCUCAAAUUUACACUGAGUGCGCUCUGGAACCUUACUGAUGAAUCACCGACCACCUGCCGCCAUUUUAUCGAGAACCAGGGCCUGGACUUGUUUAUUAAAGUUCUAGAGUCCUUCCCCAGUGAGUCUUCUAUCCAGCAGAAGGUUCUGGGUCUGUUGAACAACAUUGCAGAGGUCGGGGAGUUGCACGGGGAGCUGAUGGUGCAGGGGUUCCUGGACCACAUCAGAACUCUGCUGCACAGUCCAGAGGUGGAGGUCAGCUACUUUGCCGCAGGCAUCCUUGCACAUCUGACGUCACGAGGAGAGGAAGCCUGGACGUUGAGCCCUGAGCUACGAUCCUCACUGCUGGAGCAACUGCAUGCUGUCAUCAUGGACUGGCCUGCACCAGACUGUGAAAUGGUUGCCUACAGGUCUUUUAACCCCUUCUUCCCUCUUCUGGAGUGUUUCCACACACCCGGUGUCCAGCUGUGGGCAGCAUGGGCCAUGCAGCAUGUCUGCAGCAAGAACGCCACUCGUUACUGCAGCAUGUUGUUGGAGGAAGGCGGCCUGCAGCAGCUGGAGCACGUUCACACACACCCACAGACCCACAAAGACGUCAAACUGCUGGCCGAGAACAUCCUGGAGAGCCUGCAGCGCCACAGAGCGCGCACUGGCCAGCCAGCAAACACACAACACACAAGUCGCCGCCCGCCGCCACAAUGACCUCGCCAAGAAAAUGAGUCUCCCUGACCAAGAGAAAGACUUACGUGUGGACACGCCACCACUAGGGGGAUUUUGUAUGUGUGCGUGCGUGUCUGUGGUAUGUGUAUCUAAUGCACAAACACACUUUAUCAAGAAUCCCGGACAGAAACGGAGCAAUUCUUUGCACACACACACACUAACCUUAUUUAUUUUUUUGUGUUUGUUUCAUAACGAAGAUAUUUCUCUUGUGUGCUCGUUAUCAUGAUGUUCGUACCAAAAACAUGUCAGUGCACACAUACAAAUCUCAGCCAGGGAUUGACAACCUCAGAGGUUCAUCCAAGUGUCAGCGCUCUGUGUUACGGAGGGCUUCGGCCAAUAAGCUCAUUUAAUAUACGCAUGACACUGCUGUGAGCUGAAGCAUGCUGGAGUUUGUCUCAAUGCUUGUACUGUUAUUUUCUUUCUUUUUUUUUUUUAAACGCCUGCUUGUGUGUUUGUGCUAAAACCUGCGCCUUUGGGUCUGCAAUACUACAGUUACUAUCCUCUUCAUUUAGUCUGUCAUGAGCUAAGACCUUUGAUUGGAUGUGACAGGACAUACUUGUUGAGGGUGUGUCCAAAUAUCCCAGACAUUACAGAUGAAAAAAAAAAACUAAAUCACAGAGAAGUUUAAGACGCUCUUGUGCUUUUUUCUUUUUCGAAAACAUUUGUUGCAGUUGAAUCAGCAGCAAAGUCAGCGGUGCCAUUACUCAAACAAGCCAAACUAGGAUCCAACAGCUACAUGUCAGUGAUUUCUGGUUUAAAUGCAAAUGUUCAUUGUGGACUAAAAUGGCAAUAACAGUAUGGUCAGUAAAGUCAUGACGGAUGUAUAAGUGUGUGUAUAGUCAGUUAGCUGUGCUUCCUAACAUGUACCGUUGUCUUUAAGACAGAGGCAGCACUCUCCUGAGCGCGUGUGUGUGUGUGUAUGUAUGUGUACAGGUAUCAGGAGUGUAUGUAUUUGUACAUAUUAUUAAAAAAAAAAAUGAGACAGAAAUAGUCUUUGUGCAGGAGUGGAUGCAUGAAAGUUAUACUAUUGUAUGUUGCAUUAUUUGUCUUUUUCAGUUCAUCUGGGUGAAAUACUUGUAGAGCAAAGGAUGGGAGGAUGAAGAAAAGAUGCUUGUACCCAGGAGUGAGUCAGGGGUAUUAUAGGAAAAAUGAAAGAGUAUUACUCUUUUUAAUGUUUUAUCAGUAUCCUCCAGGAUGCCAUUUAACCUGGUGCAUUUCUGUUCUCCAGAGGAGCCACCGUGUGCCCACACUCAUUAAGGCUCCCGUUUCCAUUCUCUAUGCACACAAAUCUAAGCUAAGCUUUAUAAACUGUCAUCAAUGGCACAAUAAAGCAACACUAUGCAACUUAAAGUCUAAAAACAGCUUCAAAAUCAUAGUUAAUGGGUUGCUCAAUUGUAAUUGGUAAAUUGUAAUUCCAUUUUACUCUGUAGCUGAACCUCCAUCCUUGCACUUGUACCGUGUGUAUUGAGUCAGUUUCCUGUUGACCUUUACAUCGCAGAAAAACAAAUGGGUGAUACAAAUUAGAUCGAGCACGGCUGUUGUUAUUGCUGUGUUGUCCAAAGAAAGACACCGUCGCAGUUUAUACAUCAUCAAUUUCUACAACCGGGGCAAAGACCAGGGAGGAAAUUUUGACGCAUGCGCAGAACGCCAAGUCCGGCUCCAGUACGACUAACCGUGUACACGCAGGACUAUGAAUCGCAUUAUCCAGGUAUUUUAGUCCAACUAUGACCAGCUCGAUUUUAGUCGGACUAACGUGUUUACGUGAUCGUAAAUAAACCACUUAAUUGUCUCAGUCUGGCUAAGCAUGCAUGUAAACGCACUGACUGACAUACCAUUUUUUUAUCUUUUUAACAAGUGACUGUACAGACGUGUUCAUUCUUGAUGUGCCUGUCUGUGACAGCUAGAGAGAGAAGAGUCGGGAGUAGCUGACUAAAGGGUGCGUUCAAAGACCUGUACUUCACGUUGUUCACAUGUGAUGGGAUAACACCAGACUUUGAUGGGGCCAAUGUAAGAUUGGUGAGCAGGUAGAACCGGUGUGUGUAACUUUAAAUGUUGGUGAUUUAAACUGCCAGAAUCAGGCACAGCACGUGAAAGAGUAAUGCUGAAUGCUGAGGUCAGUUAAAAAGGCAUCAAACAUUUAAUACAGUCACAUGUCCAGAAAAAGUUGCAUAGUGUUGCUUUUAAAAAAAAAAAUCAUAAUUUUGAGGGGAAAAAGUGAAUUGUGGCUUCUGCAGUGACAGGAACCAAAACAUUUAUGAAAAAUGUUUGUGUUAAUGGAAAUAAACUAAAUAUAACGGACUAAGUGUUAACUUGAAAACAGCCAUUAGCUGAACACACAUCACCUCAUCUCCACAGUGAUUUCUGGCCUUGUUUUCUGUAAAUUAUUUGUUGUAUGAGCUUGCAAAAUAUUGUGCCGGUCCCAGGCUGAACUUUCAACAUAAACAAAGUAUUUAAUGCUUUGAAAGUUUUGCUGUUUCUUCUGAAAAUGUUGGAUUAUAAAUUGGCCAAGAAUUUCUCCCUUGGGUUUUUUUUUAGUUUUUUGUUUUUUAAACACGGACACAAUUCGAGAUGAGAAAUGUAAAAAGGUAACAAUUCUAUUUAUCUGCUAUGACGGUGCCAUGUUGCUGCAGAGAGUCAUGUUUUCAAAAUUGGAAAAAUAAAGAAUGUACAUUGCCAUAAACUGGA